AUGCAACGGCCGACAACGACGACUCUUCUCCCGUCAUCCUCAACGCCUUCAUUUAUAAUCGGUCCCGAUAAUAAAUCCUACAAGCACCAGUACUCGAAUAUCUACUUUAUCCGACUGCGUUUGUUGAGAGAACACGUCGAAAAGAAUGCUCAAAAGAGGUGGAAGAACAUCAAUGGAAAUCCUAGACUCGUUCCAAGGGUGCUAGAAGUAACCAAAGGAAACCUCUGCUACAUCAUUGGAACCGUAUACAUGGAAAUGCCGCUCAAGCCAAACGUCAUGGAGGACCUUACUCGAGACCGCUCAAUCCAAGCCCCUCCACCACCCGCCAAAUUCUACUCACCCACCGACAAAGUCAUGCUCGAAGAUGAAUCCGGUCGUAUUCACCUCGUAGGCGACUGCCUCGCAGACAAGCGACUCGUCACGGGAGUCAUUAUUGCUGCACUAGGAAUGGAAACUCCUAAUGGGGAGUUUGAAGUGGUGGAUAUCUGCACGGCUGGGUUUCCUCCCCAACCAAGCUCUUUAGCUCAAGAUGAGGAUGUCGAGAUGGAAGUUGACACCGAGUCCCAACCAGAUUCUUGGAUCGCAAUCGCCUCCGGCCUCGAUGUUGGCGGAGACCAUACCUCGGACGGCCGCAUCCAAUUGCUUAUCGAAUACUUGACGGGAGAAACAGAAAUUGCGGAGGACCAAAUUCCACCCUCACAAAUUACUCGCCUCAUUCUCGCCGGUGACACCGUCUCGUCGGACGCAGUUGCAAGACUCGCAGAACAGCCAACAACAGCAGAGGAAAAGAAAGCGCGCAAACAUGGAAAAGAACCACCUCCCGAUCUGCACCCAGUUCACAUACUCGCGUCGCAUCUAGACGACCUAUCGCAAUCAUUGCCGAUCCACGUCCUCCCAGGAGAAUUCGACCCAUCCGCUACCAUCCUCCCUCAAAGACCCUUACCACGCGCCAUGUUCGGUCCGGCAGGAAAACAACCGACUUUCUUCUGUGAAUCCAACCCCACAUACCUCCGGAUCGCACCAGGCGAGAUCGUCCAGGACAAUUCCGUACCUGAGGAACAGGCAUCAAACCAGCGAGUCAAGGGAGCCCGUACACUGCUGAUCAACUCUGGCCAGCCAUUGAACGACCUCUUCAGAUAUCUCCCUAACAAAUCCAAUUCCCGCCUCGCCAUUCUCGAGUCGACACUCAAAUGGCGACAUAUGGCUCCGACCGCUCCGGAUACAUUGUGGUGCCACCCGUACGUCUCGGAGGACCCUUUCAUUCUUUAUGAGUUGCCAGAUCUUUACAUCGUUGGUGGUCAAAGGAGGUUUGGAACAAAGUUGGUUGAGGUGGACGAGCGUUCGAGUGGUGCGACGAAUGGGCAGAGUCAGGGAGGCAAAAAGUCGCGGUGUCGAAUUAUCUUGGUGCCGCACUUUUCGCGAACGGGAGUUCUUGUGCUUGUCAACCUCAAAACACUCGAUGUCAAGUGCUUGCAGAUCGGGUUCGAGGGAAUUAGAGGAGGUGGUGACAAGGAUGUGAGCAUGGAUGAAUUCAAAGCUCCUCUACCUUCCCAAAUGCCUGUAGAACCUCUGAUGACUGCUCCUGAACCCAGCGGCAGCCCUGGUCCCAUGUAA